CAUCACUAAUAAAAAUUGUAAGUGGAUUCAAGUUCAGCAAUAAUCCAGGCAAUAUUUGCAAAAAAAGAGAGUGGUAAAAACAAUAAUAUUCGCGUACUGCACCCAAAACUAAAGGGCCGACAGAAAAAGUGCAAGUCACGUCUCACAAUACAUGCAGCGCCUCGAAAUUGACAAAAACAAGACCUGAAACGUUGGAGAGUCGUGGGGAUAGAGUCAGUCGCUGUCUAUCUCUGUCUGCGUGCGUUUGUUUCCAAGUUUUCGUGGCUGUGCUACGUUCGAAAACGCAAAUAAGAAAUCGUAAAUCACAGUCAAACACAAACAAAGAAUUAUACACACACAGAGCCAGAGACAAAGAAAGAGAGAGCGAUAGAGAGAAAGCUGGCAAGAGUGAGAGAUUGAGAAAAAAUUGAAUCUUUUUCGACCGUCCGCAACAAAUCUCGCAUCUAAAGGCUUAUUCCUACGUUUUAAGCGCAAUUACAACAGCAACAGAAAUAUAAUGGCAACAGCACCACGCAGCGGGGGGUCAGGCUCUGGAGCCGCCCAACGUCCCAAUGGCACCUCGCAGAAUAAAAGUUGCCAAUUCAAGCUGGUGCUACUUGGCGAAUCGGCUGUUGGCAAAUCGUCGCUGGUGCUGCGCUUUGUUAAGGGCCAGUUCCAUGAAUAUCAGGAGAGCACGAUAGGUGCGGCCUUUCUAACACAAACCAUUUGCAUAGAGGAUACAGUGGUGAAGUUCGAGAUCUGGGAUACAGCCGGUCAGGAGCGGUAUCACAGCUUAGCUCCCAUGUAUUAUAGAGGUGCGCAGGCCGCAAUCGUUGUCUAUGACAUACAAAAUCAGGACAGUUUUCAGCGUGCAAAAACCUGGGUCAAGGAACUGCAUAAACAAGCCUCACCGAACAUUGUCAUUGCGCUGGCUGGCAAUAAGGCGGACUUAUCGAACAUUCGCGUCGUGGAGUUCGAUGAAGCGAAGCAAUAUGCAGAAGAGAAUGGUUUGUUGUUUAUGGAAACGUCAGCGAAGACGGGCAUGAAUGUCAAUGAUAUCUUCUUGGCAAUUGCCAAGAAACUACCCAAGAAUGACAACAAUCCUGGAACUGUUAUAAAGCCAAAUGGAAACGAAUCAACUCAAACGACGAACAACUGUUGCAAGUGAUGUCCCUUUGUAGAAAAUGAAAUUUCCAACGAGAGAUUUGAAAAGUUUAUGCUGAUAAUUAUAAAUAAAAACAUUAUUUAAAAUUUAAAA